CGCAGUUGGAAAGGACUUCCUUGUCUGCAGAGUUCUUUAAGCAGCGAAAGCGAUUCUUUCUGCGUGGCGGUGUGAGGGCAGCAAGGAACGGGGGUGUGGGAUAGCACGGGAAAUGGACCGCACGGCCGCGUCCUGCCCCCUCUCUCGCGUCCUUACGCCCCCUUUUUCCGAAUAGGGACACAACUGGGUGAUCUGUAAGUGUUAGCGCGUCGGUAGAGACCUUACAUUUUCCGCGGCUGCCUGGAUGAGUCGUCUGUAACUCCUUCGUUCCUCCGCCUGAAGGUUCCGCAGAAACAAGAUUCCAGAGAGAGCCACUCAAGAGUGGAACACGGGCCAGAGUGACUCAGCUUCCAGGAUGGGGAUUACGGGACCUCCAGCUGUUGUAUCCAAGUUCACCCAAGGGGAGAAGCCCCGGAGAUGCACUACCAACCCUUUCAACAGCAUAAAGUUUUUCGUCCUGUGCCAUGGACUCCUGCAGUUUUCCCAACUCCUGGUGUCUGGGUACAUGAAGAGCAUCAUUUCAACCGUUGAGAAGCGAUUUGGGAUGACUAGCCAGAACUCGGGGAUGCUCUCCUCCCUCAAUGAGAUUGGAAGCACAGUGUUCAUAGUCUUUAUCAGUUACUUUGGGAGCCGGGUUCACCGGCCUCGGCUGAUUGGCUGUGGAGGGAUUCUGGUCAGUGUUGCAGCCUUCACCAUGUCCCUUCCCCACUUCAUUAUGGGUCGCUAUGUGUAUGACCGGACCAUUUCAAGCAGUGUUGACAACAUCACUGAUACCUGCCAAUUGACACCCAUGGCUCAGCAAGCGAACAAUGAGACCUGUGGGACGGACAGCGUUCAAGGUGACUACCACAUGUUGUCACUGUUGAUGGUCGGGCAGCUGUUGUUGGGAGUCGGAGGUGUGCCCAUCCAACCCUUUGGGAUAUCAUAUGUGGAUGACUAUGCCAGUAACAGGAACUCACCAUUGUACCUUGGGAUUUUAUUCGCAGUGACUGUCCUGGGCCCAGGCUUUGGCUUUGUGUUGGGCGCAUCUGUUCUCCGCCUCUUCAUUGACAUCGACAAGACAGCAGCCGGGGACAUUGAUUUGGAGUUUGGAGACCCUCGCUGGUUGGGUGCCUGGUGGUUGGGCUUCCUCAUGGCAGCCAGUUGUGUUCUGAUCUUCUCCUUCCCCUACUUCUUCUUCCCAAGGGAGAUGCCCAAGGAGGGUUCUAAGGAUCACCAAAGUGACAGCAACUUGGAAAAAAAGUUGGGCGAGUCAAAGGGCAAACAAGAGGAUGAUGUGACACAGAAAAUGUCGCUGCUACAGUUCAUCAAAAGUUUCCCCCGUAUCCUGGUGCGGACCUUGAGGAGCCAGGUUUACCUGAUGGUGGUGUUGGCCCAGGUGUGUCUGUCGGCCCUGAUGUCUGGCCUCACCGUCUUCAUCGCCAAGUUCCUGGAGCAGCAGUUCUCUGUGACCGCCUCGUUUGCUAACCUGUUGAUCGGAAGUGUUCACGUCCCUGGGGCAGUGCUGGGCAUCCUAAUGGGUGGAGUGAUAAUGAGGAGGUUCAGCAUUAAUCUCCGAGGCUCAGCUAUCAUGUGCUGCCUGUCUAUCUUUGUGUCCAUCUGUGCUGCCACACCACUGCUGUUCCUGGGCUGUGCCACGCAGAAGGUCGCCGGAGUGAAUUACCCUUUGAAUAGUACGUUGGACAUUAGGAUGAGCUGUAAUCAGGGAUGUUCUUGCCGGGAUCAAGUCUACAACCCCGUCUGUGCUGCCAGUGCCAUUGAGUUCAUCUCUCCGUGUCAUGCUGGUUGUCAGAACGUUGAGGUGAACGCUCAGAGAAAAAUUGUGAAUUACACCAACUGUGGUUGCGUUCCUGACCCUGCGGUGGUGAAGCCGGGGACCUGUGGUACCGGCUGCUACCACCUGCUCCUGCCGUUCAUGUUCUUCCUGACCCUGACGGGAUUUGUGGCGACCCUUUGCCAGACCCCGUCCUUCAUGCUGGUGCUGAGGUCAGUGAAGCCGGAAGAUAAAUCCUUGGCAAUAGGAAUUCAGUUCAUGUUAUUCCGAGUUCUAGCUUGGUUGCCUGGUCCGAUCCUCUAUGGAAGCACGAUCGACAGCACGUGUAUCCGAUGGGAAAGCAAAUGCAAGACGAAGGCCGCCUGCCGAUAUUACAACCUCAAUCUCUUCCGAAGCCGGUACAUUGGGCUCCAGAUGUUAUUCCAGUGUGCUGCUUUCCUGCUCUUCCUGAUGGCAUUUUACUUCCUCCAGAGGGACUUACUGAGACAAGGAAAGCAAGCGAAGCCAUCGACUGAGAUUCAGCCACCUCCCAAGGAGUGUGAGGAGAGGGAGGUUCUGAUGGAUCAAGGCUCUGACAGCAAGUCCCAGCUGCAGGUGUGAGGAGCUAUAGAGGCAGAGGAAAUAUAAUCUGUAUAUAAUCUCCAGUGACAGCAACAAGUGGGUGAAAGAGGAGGCCAUGAAGUUCUGUCAAUCCCAGACUGUUCCUGAGUUCCCAUCUCCUUCACUCACUGUGUAAUAGUCUGUGAUAUGACAUUUCUUCUAACUUUCCAUCUUGGGAGAGAGCUCUGUGAAGCUAAUCUCCCAGGAGGCGAGGGGACCACCUCUUGUUCACACGUCUAAUGUUGGGCAGGACUUUUCCUCACCUUCCCCUGCCGUGCUCCACAACCCCCCCCCCCCCCCAACGGAUUCUAGGUCUGUCAGGAAACUAGCCCGGCUUCAGAAAAUCAGGCUUUGAGGGAAGACGUUGACCCUACUUAGUGAAAGAAAGUAUUGUAAACAUUUCUUGUUUAUCAGCCAAGAAUUAGUGACACCGUUUAAGUCCCUCUGGACUCUCAAAAGACAUCAUGCCUGAGUUCUUCUGGAGAUGGUGGACAUGUACUGUUCUCCCUUCAAGUGUAAACUCAACAUCUUAGUGCCCCUAAAGAUUACAGGAUUUUUGUGACAAUCUGUUCUUCUGUGGCCCUUCCAUUGUCACUAGGCGCUCUCCAAAAUUACCCAGGUAUAUGCUACCCUUCAUGUCUACCAGCCACGGUUCCUGCAUGUAUGCAGCUGUUGACACAUCUUCCCUUCUAUACAAUUUGCCAAACUCAAUAUAUAAAAAGAAAUUAGAGUGUCCUGUAAACACUCAGUAGGGCAGGCAGCAUCUGUGGGGAGAGAAAUAGUCAAUAUUUUCAUGUCAUCAGAACCAAGGCAGCUAGAACUAAGAUUUAGGGCUUAUUAUGUGCCCUGUUUAUAUAAAUUGGAGUGAAAUAUCUGUGCUUUCGGUGGGAUAUUGCCUGUGUAGAAAGAUGCAGUGUUUCUAGCAUUGAAACAGGCCACUCGGCCCCUCUGAUUUGUGCUGGUGUUUCUACUCCGGACCAGUUUCCCCUCUCGAUAACCCAGUCCUCACCAUCCCCAUCUCUUGGUCCCUUGGAAGGUGGUGCACUGGAGGUUUAAUGAAGGGUUCCAGAAAUGAGGGACUCCAGUUCUGUGGAGAGACAGGGGCACAGGUGAAAUUAGGAGCAGGAGUAGGCCCUUCGGCCCAACUGGUCCAUGCCGACCAGGAUUGCCAUCUAAGGCAGUCCCAUUUGCCCACAUUUGGCCCAUAUCCCUCCAAACCUUUCCUAUCCAUGGACCUGUCCAAGUGUCUUUCAAACGUUGUUAAUGUACCUGCCUCACCCACUUCCUCUGGCGGCUCGUUCCAUAUAUUGACCACCCUCUAGGUGAAGAAGUUGCCCCUCAGGUGCCUUUUAAAUCUUUCCCCUCUCACCUUAAAACUAUGCUGCCUAGUUUUUAGUUCCCUUUUCCUGGGGAAAAGACUGUGUGUGUGUGUGUGUGUGUGUGUGUGUGUGUGUGUGUGUGUGUGUGUGUGUGUGUGUGUGUGUGUGUGUGUGUGUGUGUGUUCACCCUCAUGAUUUUAUACAAAGUCCUCUUUGUGUCAGUUCCCCAGAGCCCUCAAUGCCCUGAUCUUUCAGAAAUUUAUCUACCUCCUGUUUAGGUGCCUCGAGUGGGGCUUCCACAACCCUCGGGGGGGGAGAACUACACAGAUCCUCUGCUGGGGGGUCUGGGGAUGUUCUCCUUGGAUCAGAGGAGGUUGACGGGAGACCUCAUACGGGUGUAUAAUAAGGAUGGGUUUCGAUGGGCUAGAGCAGGCUUGAGGGGCCAAAUAUCCUUCUCCAGCGCCAAUUGGAUCUGUCAGGGCCACACCAACUUUCCAGUGGCUCAGCCACUGCCAGCUGUUGCUCAGAAUGGACGAGAUCUCAUUCACCUGGAUCGGAAACCUGAACACACAGAUCCAGGCCGACACUCCAGAGUGUUGGUGAGGGAGCAGCGCACCGUCCGGGGGUCUGGUGGUGAGGGAGCAGCUCACUACAGAAAGCACAGUGAUAAGGGGGUACUGCGCUGUCAGCUGGACAAGGCUGAGGGAGUGUGAGAAUUCGAGGGUCAAUAUUCAUUGAAUCAGAACCAGGUUUAUUAUCACUGACUUAUUUGAUGUGAAAUCUGUUGUUUUGUGGCAGCAGUACAGUGCAAAGAUAUAAAAUUACUAUAAAUUACAAUAUAAGUAAAUAGUGCAAAAAUAAAGGAAUAACGAGGUAGUGUCCAUGGGUUCAUGGACCGUUCAGGAAUCUGAUGGCGGGGGGGGAAGAAGCUGUUCCUGAAUCGUUUAGUGUGGGUCUUCAGGCUCCUGUACCUCCUCCCCGAUGGUAGGAACGAGAAGAGGGCAUGUCCCGGAUGGUGAGGGUCCUUAGUGAUGGAUGCCGCCUUCUUGAGGCACCGCCUCUUGAGGAUGUCCUUGAUGGUGGGGAGGGUUGUGCCCGUGAUGGAGCUGGCUGAGUCUACAUCCCUCUUUAGCCUCUUGCGAUCCUGUGCAUUGGAGCCUCUAUACCAGGCGGUGAUGCAACCAGUCAGAAUGCUCUCCACCGUACAUCUAUAGAAAUUUGUAAGAGUGUUUGGUGACAUACCAAAUCUCCUCAAACUCCUAACGAAGUAGAGCCGCUGGCAUGCCUUCUUCGUGAUUGCGUCAAUGUGUUGGGCCCAGGAUAGAUCCUCCGAGAUGUCGACGCCCAGGAACUUGACCCAAAAUCAUUAAACCAGAUUAUUAUCUGUUUUCACGUUGCUGCUGCAUUCUAUUGGCUGCAGAUACCUGAAUGAUGUGAAAGGUGCUAUAGAAAUGCAGGUCCUCAUUCGCUAUCCGUACACGCAUCCACUGAGCCAUUGAGAGAUGUGAUGACUCAACAGUAUUAAUGUAGCACCUCUGCCUGAUUAACUGUGCCAAGACAUUUCACAAGAGCUUUAAUGAUCAAAGAUUCUGAGCCUUCCAAGGACAUACUGGGUCAGGUGAUCAGAAGUCAGAGAUCUGGAGAGGUUUGGGGAGGGAGGUCCAGAGCUCAGGGCCCAGGCAGCUGAAGGCAUGGCCACCAUAUGCAGAGCAAUGGGAACUGUGCAGUGGAGUUAGUACCCAACUACAACAGAGGGUCGCAGGGCUGGAGGAUGUUACUGAGGUCGGGAGGGAUAAGAGGAUGACACUCCACAAGCCCAGACCCUGUUGUCACACGUUACAACUCUGCGUACCAAGCACUUGGUGCAGGUGUUCGAGCGUUAACUUCUCCCUAUAUUCAAUGUCUCUGCCUAAUGUCCCAAUCCAGAACAUCGCCUUGGAAUUUAAAACUUGGUUGCCUUUGUAAAUAGAAAGGUGAACUUUAAAUUGCGUUGAUUAUAACAAAACAUUAAUCCAUCUUUCGAACUUUCAUGAACUAUGUUACAGAUAUAUUUUUGUACAUUUAUUCUUCAACUGUGAGAUAUGAAACAUUUAUUCAUGUUAAAUUUUGACAUUUAUGAUUUGAAAUGGGGUUAAAAUGUGAAAAAGGACUUGCAUUUAUUCUGUUUACUCCAGAAACUGCUGUUAUGAUAACAAGCCCUGGUUCUAGAAUUUCCCACCAGAGGAAAUCUACUUCAAGUCCCCAAAUCACGUACAUAUCUUGAUUGCUUCACCACACUGCUGUGAAAUAUUUGUUGAGUGAUGUUUAUUGUAUUAUAGGUGUGGAGGUUAGGGCUGGGUACAGGGAUUAUAACUGAGUCAUGGGACUACAGACUGGGAAACAGGCUUGGGAGUUGAGCCUCUAAACGGUGGGUGAGUUACAGCAGUUACUUCCGAUUCUCAUUCUAGUUCGCAGGUCGGGACCAUCUCUGCAGGGAUUUGCACUCAGAAAUCUUGGAUGAAUCUCCCAUAGAGGGAUGAGUCUUCACUGAUUGGCAGCACAGUGCUGAGGGAGUGGCGCAUUGUGGGAAGGGCAGUGCUGAGGGAGGGCCGCACUGUAGGUAUGGACUCAAUGGGCUGAAUGGCCUGUUUCAAGGAGAUAUUGCAGAACAAGUUGGAUUGUGGGGUUGGCAGCUUCUGUGGGACUGUAGAAAGAGGCCUGACUCCCUCCCUCAGUCCACGGAACACCCAGUCAUGUGGGUAUCACAGCAACCCAUUUGCGCAUAGCAAGCUCCCACAAACCGCCCCGGGAUAAUGAUGAUGGUUGAGGAACAGGCAACUGGCCAAAGUGGGCCGGGCUGAACUCCCGCUGCUCGCCCUUGAAAUAGAGCAGUGGUGGGAUCAUUAACUUCGGCCAAGAGAAGCCACGGAUUAACGUGACGUCUCUGACAGUGCGGUACUCCCUCUGUCCUGACACCAAAUGGCAGCCCAGAUCUAGGGCUGUGGGGGGUUUGGGGGGGAUCUCGAACCCACAGUGAAAGUGUUGCCCCGUUGCGGAGCUGUUGGGCUUUGGGAGAGGGAGGCAGAGGGUGAGCAUUGAAGAGGAUAACCUCGCGCAGGUGGGAGUUGGUGGAGAGACAGGUGUAAGUCCUAAGUGAAAGCAUUACAAGACAAUCGCAGCACAGAAUUCUAAAUGGGAAAACAACAAAUUAUAUCCAACAUUAACUACUGUAUGCAAUAACAUUUAUAAGCCAAUAAAAUAAAUUCUUUAUGGAA